CAAAAGCCAUAACAGAGAGAUAAGCAGUGAGCCAUGGCCUCUAAAGCUUCUCUCUCCGAGGAUGAUUUCUCCUGUCCAGUAUGCUGUGACAUCUUCAAGGAUCCUGUGGUCCUGUUGUGUAGCCACAGCUUCUGUAAAGCCUGUCUGGAGGAAUACUGGAAACAGAAGGCAUCUCGGGAAUGUCCAGUCUGCAGAAAGAACUCAUCAAUGGAAUUCCCCCCCUGUAACCUGGUUUUAAAGAACCUGUGUGAGGCCUACUUACACGAUAGAAGUCAGAGAGCUUCAGCAGGGUCUGAGGUGCUCUGCAGUCAACACAGUGAGAAACUCAAGCUCUUCUGUCUGGAGGAUAAACAGCCCAUCUGUUUUGUGUGUCAAACUUCAAAAAAGCAUAAAAGCCAUGACUGCUGCCCAAUAGAUGAAGCUGUACUGGAUCAUAAGGAAGAACUCAAGACUUCACUGGAGCCCUUACAGGAGAAAUUUAAGGUCUUUGGAGAAGUUAAACUGAUCUGUCAUAAAACAGCCAACCACAUCAAAAGCCAGGCCCAGCACACAGAGAGGCUGAUUAAGAUGGGGUUUGAGAAGCUUCAUCAGUUUCUACAUGAGGAAGAGAGAGCCAGGAUAGCUGAACUGAAGGAGGAAGAGGAGCAGAAGAGUCAGAUGAUGAAGAAGAAGAUUGAGAAGAUGAGCAGAGAGAUAUCAUCACUUUCAGACACAAUCAGAACCAUAGAAGAAGAGCUGGGAGCUGAGGACAUCUCAUUCCUGCAGAACUACAAGGAUACAGUGAAAAGAGCCCAGUGUACACUGCCAGAUCCAGAGAGGGUUUCAGGAGCGCUGAUCGAUGUGGCAAAGCACCUGGGAAACCUGCAGUUCAGAGUCUGGGAGAAGAUGCAGGGAGUAGUUCACUACACUCCAGUGACUCUGGACCCCAACACUUCCCACCCACAUCUCAUCCUGUCUGAUGAUCUGACCAGUGUGAGAUACAGUGAUGAGGAACAGCAGCUUCCUGACAACCCAGAGAGGUUUGAUGAGGAAGAAACUGUCCUGGGUUUUGAGGGUUUUAACUCAGGAACACACAGCUGGGACAUUGAUGUUGGGGAGAAUAUGUACUGGUACCUGGGUGUGAUCACAGAGUCUGUCCAGAGGAAGGGAGACAGUGGAUAUUGGGAUGGAUCCUGGGGUGUGUUGUUUUAUAGUGGUGAUUAUAUAACACAUGAUCCAAAUAAGCCAUUCACUCCCCUCACAGUGAGACAGAAUCCCCAGAGGAUCAGAGUGCAGCUAGACUGGGAAGGAAGAAAGCUGUCAUUCUCUGACCCUGUCAAUAACACACAUCUACACACAUUCACACACACUUUCACUGAGAGAGUCCUUCCAUUCAUCUGCACUGGCUUUUGUCCCCUCCCUCACAGGGUUUUACCAGGGAAGGUGUCUGUAUCGGUGGAUACUGUCUGUCUGAAUCAGGGACUAACAGGAUGUAAAUGAGUCAGUAACACUCACUGAUGUCCUUCAUUAAGAUUCUCACAGAGGGAGGACACACUGUGAUGUAGUAGAGGGGACCUUCGUCCAUUAACUCAGGAGCACACAGCUGGGACAUUGAUGUUGGGGAGAAUACAUUCUGGUGCCUGGGUGUGACCCCAGAGUCUGUCUGGAUCUUCCUCCAUUAAGAACACUCCUGCUGAAACACUUGCACCUGUCAGAAAAUCGUCACUAUUAUAAUACUCUAUCACAAUAAUCACUGUUAAUAUUACAAUAAUCAUUAUUCAUAUUACUAUAAUCACUAUUAAUAUUACGAUAAUCACUAUUAAUAUUAGAAUAACCAUUAUUCAUAUUACAAUAAUCACUAUUCAUAUUACAAUAAUCACUACUAAUAUUACAAUAACCAUUAUUCAUAUUACAAUAACCACUAUUAAUAUUACAAUAAUCACUAUUAAUAUUACAAUAACCAUUAUUAAUAUUCCAAUAACCAUUAUUAAUAUUACAAUAAUCACUGUUACUAUACAAUAAUCAAUAUUAAUACUAUUUAUCUAACACUCUCACCUGUCAGACAGUAAUCUCUAACAUCUGACCAAGUUUCCCAACAUUUUAGUUGUGUGUUAACAGAGAUUGGUCAAACAGUGGUAGUCAUCACUGUUAUAGAAUAUAAAUGUCACCUGUUGGUUGUUGGGUUUUCUUUUUACCACAUGUAGAUGUUGUCACUGGUUAUGUUAACACUGGCAGGUAUCCCAGUCAACUUGGGCUCCCUGAAAAACAUUUGCUGUACAGUGUUGUGUUCUUGGACCGUGACUCAGAUAACUAGCCUGUUACACCAACACAUAUGUUGUAUGUCUAUGGAAAGUAACACAUUUUCACCCAAUAAACAUGAUGAAUUAUUGA